AGAAAAAAGCCCAAAACAUUUUUCAAAUCUCUUGGAAUUUUAUUUUGUAAAUAUAAUGUGAAUAACAAUAAAUUUAUUAAAAAUUAAUAUUUAAAAUAAGAAAACAUAUAAGUUUUUUAAAAAGUGAAAGAUUUUAACGCGGAAUGGUUAAGAAAAAAUAAAAAUGGAUUAUAAAUAUCUUAGCGCAAGAUGUCAAUUUUGACAGCAAAUUUAUACAAAAAAGAAUAAUUCAUCAAAAGACGUAAAAAUUAAAAACAUUACUUGGUAAAAACAUUAAAAAUCAUAUAAUAAAUGAGCAAAAUUGCAGUUAAAAUUACUAUUAUGUGUUAAAAGAUAAUUUUAGUUUGUUUUUUAAAGGUCUAAAAGCACAUUAGGGUAAGAAAAAUUUGUUGCUGAAGUUUUUUUGUUUAUGUUGCAAAUUUUUUAUCAAAUGACUUUUAACCAAAAAUGCCUGGUAAAAUAUAGUGAACCUACACAAAAUCUGCAAAAUAUUUUCAAUAAAAUUUUGGAAAAGAUAAAGUUUCGAUAAACAAGCCAUUAGAGAACGAAAUAAUUUGCAUCAAUGUUUUGAUGCAUAGCUAUGUCAAAAUUCUUGCAAAUUUAAAAUAGUUUUGGUUAAAUAUUAAUAUCAUCAAGGAAAAAUGGCUUUUUGGGGGAAAAAUAGUAUUAUUGUUCCCUUGGAUACAUUAAUUAAUAAAGAGAAAGAAACUACAAGUAAACCAGUAGCUGCCAUAAAAUCUUGUGGCUCUGUUGGCCGUUGGGGGAAAAUGGGCUUUACAUCAACCAGAACAUAUGCACUAAAAGUUCCAGCUCAUUUAAGUCCGGUAACAACGGGUCAAUCACCUGAUCAAAUAGGAUCUCCGCCAGGUGCUAACAAUACAAGUGGUGGUCCAGGUUCGUCACCCCCAGCAGUAGAAGCUCCAAAACCAAAAAAGUUCUUUAAAAGUCGAAAUACUACAGCUCCUUUAGACUUUAUUCGCUCACAAUUUAUGCAGCAUCAUAUGUCUCACAUUGCGCCAAUAUCACCAGGUUAUACAUUAAAUGUUACGGAUGCACUACCCCCUCCUAGUCAAACAUUAACUGGAAAAGAAACAACAAAUACAAAUAUUAAGGUUAAAAUUUCUAAAAGCAAUAAAAAACGUAGAGAAAGUAAAGAACCAAAGGAUGAACAAAAUUCAACAUCUAACGACGGCAAAGAUAAUUUACAAGGGAAAGAACGUAAAGAACGCAAGAAAUCUACAUCUUCAAAUGAUAAACAAUCAUUAAAAUCUCCGAAACCACUUAAGAAAAAGAAAGAAGAAAAGCAAUUAAAACCAGAAGCCCCACCAUCACGUGUGUUAGGAAGAAGUCGAAAACCAGUUAAUUAUAAUGAAGAUGAUGAUUCCAUUCCAUAUAGACCUUCUGAAGUGCCUACAUCAAAUAAAAAAUCUAGUAAACUUAAAACAAAAUCUUCAGCUGAUGAUACCGGGUCAAGUAAUGAAGCACCCGAAUCGAAAACAGAAAAAGAGAAUGAAAAUAUUCCUGUAGCAGAUUCUAAACCUGAUCAAGUAGUAAAUAAUAAAAAGAAAUUAAAUAACAAAGGUACUGAAUCUGAUGUUAAACAAGACAAUCUUGAAAAUGAAGAAAAAACCGUUGCAAAUAAAUUCAAUAAUAUUAAUGCACUCGAUCAUCCGCCUAUAGUUCUAAGAAUUUCUAAGGGAACAUCGCGGUUGAUUAGUACUGAUAGUGAAGAAGGUAAAUUAAAUUCGACCACACCGGUACAUGAAUCUAUUACUGACUCUUCAGCAAUAAAUAUAGAAAACAAGACAGAAACAACACCACAUGAUACAUUAUUUGAAACAAAAGAUCAAUCAAAGAUUUCAACUACAGAAGAAUUGCUAUCAGUGCUUUCAGAUGAUAAGCCAGAAGUUCAAAAUAUAACCAAAAAAACAAGAAAGAAAUCAGUUAGCACGUCCGCCAUAUCACAACUUCCAACAACAGUACCCGCAUCAACAGCACAUCCUAUCCUAACGUCAACGGAAACAGUCCAACAAAAACAAGAUCCUCCAGCUCCAAAAAUUUAUCCAGCUGAUACGAUUCCUGAUAUUAAUUAUGAAUCAAAAAUAUCGCCAGACAAACCACCUAAAGAACGUCUAAAAUUAAUUAUUCGAACUGAUGUUUUACGCAAAGCAUUAGCAGCUGAAGCUGAAAAAGCCGAGAAGAAAAAGGAAAAAGAGAAAAAUAAAAAACAUCAUAAGCAUCAUCAUCAUCAUCACCAUCACAAAAGUUUAACAUUAAAGAUAUCUAAUUCGGAUGCACAAUUUAAAACUCCAUCCCCACAACCUGUUGUGGUGAAUGAUAAUAACUGUGAUUUAUAUAAACAAUUGACCAUUAACUCUCCAUCUGAACGAGAUUUCGAUUCGCAAAGCUCAAUUUUAGGUUCGGUUUCAUCAAAAGCGACAACAGCUAUAGGUCAAUUUCCUGCUGCUAACGUCCCUGAAGAAAGUUGUGUUAUUAGAAGCCGAGGUUCAAGUGAUAUUACUAGUGAUUUGGAGACAUCACAGCAUAGUUCUUUAGUGGCACCACCAUCAGAUAUAGAAUCCAGAUUAGAGUCUAUGAUGGAUCCGGAAGACGACCAUACGUCAAAUACCGCUGCUAAUGGAAAAAGAAACAUUAGUAUAAAAUUGAAACUAAUUGAACAAGAACCAUUGAAGGAAGAUAUUUUAGAAGUUUUGACAGGAGGUAACGAAAAAGAAAAUACAACAAUUGAAGAAGAAAAAAUUUUAGAUGACAGCAAAAAUAUGAAUGAGAUUAGCGAAGUUGAGCAAAAUAUUAAGGAUAAGAGCCCUCCACCUGCAAUGAAGAGACCUGGUAGAAAUCGUAAGAACGCACAGGAAAAAAUAAAUGAACCAUCCUCAAUUGAAUCAAGUAAGGAACAAUCACUCGAUGCUAUAUUGAACACUUUAAGUUCACCUGUGAAAUCAAUUGGAAGAAGUUUGCGUGGCAGAGCUAAUACAGCUGCAACGCCAUCUACAAAUAUGGAAUCUGCUACAACAGAAAGUCAAACGUCAAAAUCUCCAAAUAAAAGGAGUCAAAGAAACGUAAAUAAAUUAGAAAAGGUUUUGAACGAUACGCCUGCGGAGGCAGAGGAUGCCGAAAUUCCUUCAAAAAAUACAAGGACAUUGAGAGGUCAAAAAUCUAAAACUUCAACUACUGAAGGACAAGCCCCUAUAUCUAUCCCCACACAUAAUAACGAGAAAAAAACUAUUGAAAAACGCGGUAAAAAAGCCACAGCACAAACUCAAAAGCAAAAAGAAAAUUUUGAAAGUAUUAAGGUAGUAGAUAAAGAUUCAAAACCUGAGGCUCAAGCCAUUAGAAGUAGUAAAAGAAAUAUAAAAGCAGAUAAUAUUUCAUCGCCCCCAUUAUCUCCUACUAAAUUAUCCUCUCCCGUAAAAAGUGUAAAAGAAGAGUCGAAUCUUCCACAGCGGAAAGGAAGAACUCCGAGGAAAGCUGCCUUAAAUAAUUUAAAGAACAACACCCAACCCCAAGAAGCAGAAGUUGCUUUAACGGAGGUAGAUGACAAUCUUCCAGAGGCAACCACUUCCGUUCCAAUUGUUAGAAGUUAUGGUGGUAGAAAAAGGAAACCCCAACCAGACACUGUUUUAACCGAUAUAACUCCGCCACCUUUAUCAAAAGUACCCUCCACUGACACCCCCGAUCCUUCAAUAGAUCUUCCAGAAUCAACAGCAAUAGAUAUUAGUUUGAAGCUAAUAGAAGACAGUUCCGCUAUCGACACUGAUAUUGUAUCUUUAGAAAAAGACAAAGAUGUUGACAAUUCGUCAUCGAUUUCAGAUUUAUCACCGCAACCUCCAAAAAAAGAGUACAAAGUAAAUAAAUUUAAGAGAGCGUGGUAUGAACGCGACUCGAAAACAAAUCUUGAAAAUGAGAAACCACUAGAAAAUACAACUGAGAAAAGCGAUUUUGAAGACGGUGAACCAUUGAUUAAAAAAUCUAUUCCAGCUUCAACAACUACUCUUAAUAAUACUCAUGAAAAAAUGAAAUCUAAAUCUAAUAAUAAAAUUGUAAAUAGUAAUAUGGAAACAUGUAGUAAUAUCAUGGGUAUCAAUUCUCCAGAUGUAAACGAUAAUGGAAACAGUAAUGGCAACUUGGAUGAGAAACAAAUAAAAUUGGUUAUAUCAAAAAAGAAAGGUAGCAUUUUCAAAAGUCGUGCUUUAGUUGCAGAACAAGGUGGAAUGACAUCACAAGAAAAGAAACGCCAUACUUACAUUCACAAAUGGGAUGCUAAGGAUGAGCAAGAAGCUUUGGCAAAUGCAGCUACCAACAACGAAAAUAAAACAGCUGAAAAAUCGCAAAGUUCCACAACAGAAAAAAGUAAUGCUAUGGAUUACGAUGAAGAAGACGAUCAACCACUAGCCUUAUCGACGCGGAAAGUUCGUCAAGUUACCUCUGUAAAUGUUACCAAUAAAAUCAGUGAUAACAUGGACUUAGCACCUGGUCAGACAAAAGUUGAUAAAAAUACAAAAGAAUAUUAUACAGUUAUUAGAAAUGUUAAAACCGCGCAUCAAAUUCAGGAAAUUGGUGAAUAUCAAGAAAUGGACGAUGACGUUGAAUAUAUUCUUGACGCCCUGCAGCCACGUAAUCCAAGUUCAACAAGAUGUUUAUCGGCUUUGCAAUUAGCUACGAAAUGUAUGACACCUGCGUUCAGAAUGCAUGUUCGAGCUCAUGGAACUGUAACAAAAUUUUUUAAGGUAUUGCAAGAUGCUAAAGCAGAUAAAAGUCUUGGAUUAUGUACAGCCGCUAUUAUGUUUGUUUUAUCACAAGAUACACUUAAUAUGGAUUUAGAUCGCGAUUCUUUAGAACUAAUGAUGAAUUUAUUAGAAAGUGAUAGUGCUGAUGCUGUAGAUACAGCUAACUAUGAACGUAAUAAACAAAAAGUUCGAGAGUUAUGCGAAGAAAUCAAAUCUCAUGGCAAAGGAGCUCAUUUAAAUAUUGACUCAAUUUCAGCUGGAACAUUAGCGAUGGAAACUUUAUUGUCAUUGACAUCAAAACGAGCGGGUGAAUGGUUUAAAGAAGAAUUGAGAGAAUUAGGUGGAUUAGAACACAUAAUUAAAACAAUAUGUGAUUGUUGUCAUCAAAUAUCCGAUUACGUUGUUAGUUGGACCGAAGUUUUAUUAGAAAAAUUAAAAACUAUUGAAAGAUGUUUAAGGGUUUUGGAAAAUGUAUCAUUUUUAAAUGAAGUGAAUCAAACAUAUAUUUUAAAGUACGGUAAUGGUCAUGCUGUUAAUACGUUAUUUAAAUUGUACAAAUUGUGUGAUAGUGAAAUUGCUUUGUAUCCUACAACUGAUUCAACACCAAAAGAUAAUCCAGGUGUUGUUUUACGUGAAGCUUUGGUACCAACAUUGAAGGUUUUGAUUAAUUUAACACAUCCAUUUGAUGAAAAAGCUUUAGGAAGUUCGAUAUUGGGUCAAAGAAAAGGAGUAUUUGAUACAAGUUUUCACAUAUUAUUGCAAGCACCCAAUUAUGUUCCGGAAAGAUGUAUAUUUGAAUUAAGCAUACUGGUGCUGCUUUUAUUAAUUAAUCUUACCAUGCAUACUAUACCUAAUCGACAGCUUAUAAUGCAAUCUCACGCGCCGUGCGAUUUUGGAAAUCAAUUCGAUAAACAAGCUGCCAUCAAAGCAUUAAUUGAAUAUUUUUAUCGUUGUGAAGAACAAGCAAGACAAGCUGAAAAAAAUACGGAUUCUAUUCUGGAAAACCCAUUAGAAAAGAAAAAAGCACAAUCGCAAGAAGAAUUCGAUGAAACUGUUACAAAACUUUUACAAAAAGCUGGUCAUCACAUGGAACACACAUUGCAAGCGAGUUAUGCUGGAAUAUUAGUAGGUCAUUUAAUAUCAGACAACAAAGAAAAUGAACAAAUAAUACGAUCAUAUCUGCGAGAUAGUAGUUUUAGCGACAUUAUCAAAAUUUUAGAAAAAUAUUACAAUUUCAUGAAUUUAACAGCAAGUUCUGAAGCGCAUUUAGUUUCGCAUAUAAAAUCAACUAAAAAAUUAAUAGAUUAUUAUAAACAAUGCGAAUCACAUUCCAAUGAUGAAAAUGAAAAAGAAAUCAAUUUAAGCGAGAGUAGUAAAAGCAACAUCAAUAAAUCACAUCACAAUGAUGAUGCAAAUAAAACAAUAUAUUCAGAUACAUCUACAGUAUCAUCUACAUCUGCAGAACCAGCACCAAGCACAUCAUCAGUUUCAACUAGAAAUAAUAUUCGUGUUUAUAAAACGUACAGUCAAAGAUAGAGAAAAUUCCCAAUUUUAUAAUACAAAGUAUGAUACAAUAAAAUAAAACUGAAUAACUUCGAAUAAUGUUUCCGUAACAAUAUUUCGUAUAAGGGUGGGUAUAUGGGGAAGUAAUGUUAAUUAAGUUGUUUUGUGUAAUACCAGUUUGUUUUAUUUUCUAUUUUUUUUUGUUUGUUUAUUUAUAAAACUGAAGAAACUUAUAAUAAUUCAAUAGUAAUAAAAGUAAUUAAAUGAUUUCCUUAUCUUAAUUACAAAGUAAAAAUUUAAUUAUAUUUAAAAAAAUUAUAUAAUUUUUUCCUAGUUUUAAGAAUUUAAUAAAAAAUAAUGAUAUGAAUACAAAUAAGAAUUUACUUAAGCUCAUUUAAACCUGAAAAUUCGUAAAAAAAACUUUAAAUAAUAAUUAAAUACAAAAAAAAACAUAACAUAUGUAAGAAAUUAAAUUUUUUUUUCUGUUUUUACAAUAAAAAUGAAUAAAAUGAAUAUUAUGUUGUAUGCAUAUUACAUGUUAAAUAGCCUAAUUUAUGUGUAUAUUUUAAACUAUUUAAUAAUAUAGUUAAACUAUAUGUUGAAAUUUUUAAAUCAUCUUUAAUAAAAACAUUAAAAUAAAAUAAUAGCUAAACAAAACAGAUUCCCCUUUUUUAACUGAAAAAUAAAUUUUUGUUAAUUACAUUGAUGUAAAAAUUUGUUAAUAAGUUUAGAAAAAUUAUAUAUAUCAAGCGAAAGUCCAAACCGUAGAUGUAAGAGUAAUAAUAGGCGACACUUUCUAAUUAUACAUUUACCGUGUCUGCCUCAAAGUUGUUCUUUCAUUAAAGAGCAGAAAAUCUCUUUGUUGAGUAAUUUAUUUCGAUUUUUUAAACUACAAUGACAGAAUUUUAAGCAAAUAAGACACAAAAUUUGUAUUUUUUAUUUUAUUUUUAAAUAUGGUAGAAUGAAGUAUUGAAUAUGUAUAUAUAUGUAUAUAUAUACUUUCUUAUUUAAAUGAUUACAAAUUUCAAAAUUAAUGUCACUUAAAUUGGUUUCAAAACAUUGAAAAAUAAAUGUCAAUGUAAUUAACGAAGAAUUUUAUUGUUCUUAAAUUCUUUUUCUUUUUGAAUCAUUGAAAUAAUAUAAUGAAAACAAAUGUGACCAAUUUAAAAAAUACAAAAGAAAAUCCAUGAUAAAACUUAAAUGUAAAACUUUUAGAACAAAAUUUUAAAACGAUGUAUUAAAAAAAUUUAAAUAUAAAAAGUCGUCACUAGUAUUAGCACGUCUUCAUUAUAGUUCUUAAGAAAUAAAACUUUAAUAUUACUUUAUUCUUCGACCUGUAAAUGAAUGUUUUAAUGAUCGAAGACUAUAUUAGAUUGUAUUUAUGUAAAUGUAUAUGCAAAACGAUGAAUAUAAUUUACUUAAAUAUAAUGUGUAAAUUAUGUGCAUUUUGCAUAUAUAUGUAUAAAUUAAAUAAAUAUGUAUAUACAUGCAAGUGUAUAUAUGUACAUGCAAAAGAAUUUUUUAUUGCAGUUUUAGCCUUUAAGAAACAGA